UAAACAGACUCUCUCUUUCUCCGGGUCACUUGCGAGGACUCGGAACAAAAAAAUCAAAACUUUCUCUUCUCCGAGUGCUCUCAAGUGUGUGUGCUCUUAAGCUUAAGAAGAAGCAAAGGUUUCGAAAAAUGGAGAAAAAGCAAGGAUUUUUCUCUGCUCUCAGAGGUCUCUCUCCGUCACGUUCAAGGGUUCGGUCUCGCUCAGUUAGCCCUGCUCGGUCUAGCUCCCCGAUGAAAGCUCUCUCCUGGGGGAAGAAGAGCUCCACCGCCGGCGGGUACUGUCUGUCUCAGCCGGAGCUUUCAAUCGGGAGAUCCGGAAGCUUGAGACCUGUGAUGGAAGGUCCCGAUCCAGACGAAGAAGGAGGAAUAGGAGGAGGAGGGAACGUAGGAGACUCGAAACGGCUCGGGUCGGGUCUAGGCCACUGGGUCAAGGGACAGCUGUCACGCGCUCCUUCCGUCGCAGCGACGGCCGUUUGUCGGAGAAACGAUCUGAGGCUCCUUCUGGGAGUCAUGGGAGCUCCUCUCGCUCCCAUUCACGUCUCUUCCUCCGAUCCUUUGCCUCAUCUCAGCAUCAAAAACACUCCAAUCGAGACAUCGUCUGCUCAGUACAUUCUCCAACAGUACACUGCGGCUUCGGGCGGACAGAAGCUUCAGAGCUCCGUCAAGAACGCUUACGCUAUGGGGAAGCUCAAGAUGAUCACUUCCGAGCUCGAAACUGCUUCAAGAACCGUUAGGAACCGGAACCCGUCAAAGGCUGAGAGCGGCGGUUUCGUUCUCUGGCAGAUGGAUCCGGACAUGUGGUACGUUGAGCUCUCUGUUGGUGGUAAUAAAGUUCGUGCUGGCUGUAACGGGAAGCUCGUGUGGCGACACACUCCUUGGCUUGGUUCUCACUCCGCUAAAGGACCCGUUAGGCCUCUCCGCCGUGGGCUUCAGGGGCUUGAUCCGAGGACUACUGCUGCCAUGUUUGCGGAGGCCAAGUGUAUAGGAGAAAAGAAUGUGAACGGUGAAGAUUGCUUUAUCCUCAAGCUAUGCACUGACCCUGAGACGCUGAAGGCGAGGAGUGAAGGACCAGCAGAGAUCAUAAGACACGUCCUUUCCGGCUACUUUAGUCAGAAAACUGGACUCUUGGUUCACAUCGAGGACUCGCAUCUGACCAGGAUCCAAUCCAACGGUGGAGAUACUGUUUUCUGGGAGACAACUUACAACUCGUCCCUAGACGAUUACCGCCAGGUGGAAGGGAUCAUGAUCGCUCACUCAGGACACUCGGUUGUGACGCUUUUCAGGUUUGGGGAAGAGGCGAUGAGCCACACGAGGACUAAGAUGGAAGAGAGCUGGACCAUUGAGGAAGUUGCGUUUAAUGUUCCUGGUCUGUCUCUUGAUUGCUUUAUACCGCCAGCUGAUUUAAAGACCGGUUCUGUAACCGAAUACCCACAAGAGGAGAGAGGGAAGAACAAUAAUGCUGUCGUGUUGUCUGCUGCUCACAGGGCUAAAGUUGCAGCAUUGGAGAAUGGGAGCUUUGAAGCUAACCGCUAGGUUGAUGUCUAAAGCUUAUGACUAAAACAACCCUUGAAGGUAGCAUUAGCUGAUGAUGAUUGGCGAUUCUAAGAUUAGAUGCAAUGUGUUUAUAUGCCGGUAACUCAAGCUAACCCUUUUUAGCGAGCUUCAUUGGAUUAGGAAUCAGGUUUAUUAGCAUAACGGAAGACAUGGUUCAAACUGGAUCCAAAUGGAUCUUCUUUUUUUUUCACUAGUCACAUGAUAAUGGUAUGGAGUUUGGAUUUGGUUUUCAUUUUGGGUUUUUCUUUAAUUCUCACCUUCAAUAUUUUGAGUAAGGUGAAGGCAAGAGAAGGAGAAUUGCCUGCUGCUUUUACUUCUACCAUUAAGUGUGUUAAAUCAAUUGUCUAACGACGAAUCUUGAUAUUGUUCAUCUUUCUUUUCAAUCUAUGGAGAUAUGUUUGGUUUCUUUUUUGCUUUUUCUUA